AUGGCUUCACGGCUGCAGACAAGUUGCCGUGCAUCGUGGUGGACUAUCGGAGUUUGCAUCCUGGCAGCCGCGCUCCUACCAGGGCUGCAAGCUCAGACUGUCUUGGUCAAUGACUCCGUCUCGGGGUUCAUCGGCACGGACGUGGUGCUGCACUGCAGCUUCACCAACCCGCUGCCCAAUGUGAAGAUCACGCAGGUGACGUGGCAGAAGGCCACCAACGGCAGCAAGCAGAAUGUGGCCAUCUACAACCCCGCCAUGGGCGUGUCCAUCCUGUCCCCCUACAAGGAGCGGGUGAUUUUCCGGAACCCUUCCUUCAAGGAUGGCACCAUCCAGCUGUCCCGGCUGGAGCUGGAGGAUGAGGGGGUUUACAUCUGUGAGUUUGCCACUUUCCCGACCGGCAACCGGGAAGGGCAGCUGAACCUCACCGUGCUGGCCAAGCCCACCAAUUGGAUGGAGGGCACCAAGAGGCCACUAAUCGCCAAAUCUGGCAGGACAGAAAAGAUCUUGGUAGCCACCUGCACCUCCUCCAACGGGAAACCCCCCAGCACCGUCACCUGGGAAACGAAGCUGAAAGGGGAAGCGGAGUUCCAGGAGAUCCGGAACAGCAACGGCACCGUGACGGUGAUCAGCCGGUACCGGCUGGUGCCGAGCCGCGAGGCGCACCGGCAGCAGCUCGUGUGCGUGGUCAACUACCAGCUGGAGAGGUUCACCGACAGCAUCACCCUCAACGUGCAGUAUGAGCCAGAAGUCACCAUUGAGGGCUUUGAUGGCAACUGGUACCUGAACCGCAAGGAUGUGAAGCUGAUCUGCAAAUCUGACGCCAACCCCCCAGCUCACACCUACGAGUGGAAGCUGCCCAACGGGACCCUGCCAGGGAGCGUGGAAAUCCAGAACAACACCAUCUACUUCAAAGGGCCCGUGUCCUACAGCGUGGCCGGCACCUACGUCUGCGAGGCCACCAACGCCAUCGGGACACGCUCGGGCUUGGUGGAAGUCAAUGUCACAGACAAGCCACUACUUCAGAGUGCCCCGGGAGGCAUCAUUGGGAUCGUGGGAGGCGUCAUCGCCGCCGUCUUCAUCAUCGGCGUGGCCAUCACCGUCAUCAUCGUCUACCGGCGGCAGCAGAAGAGCCGCUCCGACACCGACACCGACCUGAUUGACCUCCCUCCAUCCCACAAACCUGCCCCUCCACCAAAGAGGAAACAGGACAUGAAAAGCCACCUGACUCCAGAAGACAUCCAGGUUGUUCACUUGGACAACAUGAAACACGAGGAGGAGAUCCAGAAGUUCCCUCUGCAGACUCCCUACUAUGACAUGGCAGCCCCCGAGCCCUCUCCCUACAGUGACAAACUGAAUGAGGAUCAAGGUCUUCGUAGACGUAACGAGCGAGAGUGGACAAACUUUGGAAAGUGUCACUCAGAGAUAUCGAAUGCGAGUGAUUACCUGACCCGCUGUUACUCACAUGAAGAUCGAUAUCUGGAGAAGAUCCCUCAUGUCUAUGCCCCCUUGUCAGACCUCCCACAAGAUCUUUAUCCUCACCAUCCCGACAUCUCCUUCUGCUGCCCACCUCCCGGCUCCCGGGCUCCUUACAUCUGUCCUAAGGAACAGUAUGUUUAAAGUGUCAACACGGCAAAAAAAAAAAAACCCAAAAAACCAAAAACAACAAAAAAGAAAAAAAAAAAAAAAAAAAAAGGAAGAAACUCAUGGUUUUCACCUCUCCUGUCGCUCAACAGCCAAGGCCUUCCAGCCCCCCUCCCUUCGCCAUCGCUCGUUUUAUUGAUUGGUUUUUAAAUCCAGGUGCAAUUGCCAUGAUUAGUUCCAAGUGUCUGCCUGGCUUUGCUAAUGCUCAAGGGAACACUCUGCCUUCUCCCACGUCCUCUCCAGUACCUGCAUCUUUCUUUUCUCCUCCUGGCUCUGUGUGUGCAUGUGCCUGUGGGUGACAGCUGCCCUGUGGUGGAUGGGAUGUGCCCAACCCAGUCCAGUGUCCCUAGGUUUAUUCCCUGUGUCAAUUCCUGCACUCUUAGCACCGGAGUAGCCGGGUGUGGAUUAUUCACAGCCCUCGCUGCAGCUUGUGUGAGGUUUUACAGCACAGCCAGUGUUCAGAUCUGAGGCUGUGGCGUUUGUUUUUUUUUUUUUUCUUCCCUGCUCCUUUUCCCUCUUGGAAGUGGGGAUAGCAAAUCCCCAUUUGUGAAGAGCUGAACAGCCAAGAUUGCUGAACCAAAUCAUAAGAUGCUUAUAAUGAAAGAUGCUCAAAACCAACCCAAAAAUAGAGAUCAGGACUUGGUUUAGGCGGUCUGUUUUUGUCCUUUUCCCUUCCUGCUCCCACUCCCAAUCUCUUGGAUUUUGUCCUUUAAAGGGGACACAUUUCGGAGUCAACACAUUUGGAGAAAGCAUCCUUUAAAUAACAGGUCGGAUAACCUGA